AUGCGGCUAUACUUAUCUUUGGCUGAAUGACUUGCUUAACACUAGCUAAUUCUUUCAUCAGACAUCUAGAGGCGAUGAUACGAUAGAGAAUCGUAUUUCACAUUAGUUCUUGAAAGAUGGCGAGGUCAACGAGCGGCAGCUUGGUGUUGCUAGCGCUGGUGGUGCUGUGCUUUUCGUGCGCCGCCGCCAAGCCUCCUCCGAAUGUGCCAGGAGUCAAGAUUUUGGCCUUCUUUGGGUUUUCCUCGCAGAGCCACAAUAACUUCUACAAUGCUCUGACCACGGAACUGGCCGAAAGGGGCCACGACCUCACCGUGGUCACUUCGUAUCCGAUGAAGAAUCCUCCGUCAAAGAAUUACAAACAGAUCGAUGCCAAGGUGGCACGAGAUCUUUUCAGCAAAUUCAACACCGUGCAGGCGAGCACCGAAUCCGUCGUGGAGAGGCUGGGAAAGUGGCGCGAAUCGGCAGAAUUUUUUAUGUUGUGCACAAAAAUUAUUAAUAUGACUGAGGUGAAAGAUUUGAUGAAAGAAAAGUUCGACUUGGUCCUCGUGCCAAUGUUCCUGAACGAGUGUGGCUACCCGUUCGCGUGGCUGAAUAAAGCGCCUUUGAUUCUGCUCGCUCCGACUGGAGUGGCUUCGCUUUACGAGCUGGGCAACGGGAACCCCGAGCCGACUUCGUACGUGCCAAAUCUCUUUCUGCCAUUUACAGACCACAUGACCUUCGCCGAGCGACUGAUUAACACUCUCGUCACUCACAUCGUCAAUUUCAUCAGAUUUUAUUUCCAUUUCCCUGCGGUGGACGCAGCGACGAAAGAAAUUUUCGGACCGGACACGCCGACAGUAGCGGAAUUGCAGAAAUCCGCUAGCCUCCAAAUUAUCAACGGCCAUUUCAGUCUUAACUAUCCUCGUCCAUUCAUACCCGCAAUAAUUGAAGCUGGAGGCAUGCAGAUUAAGAAAAAUGCCAGUCCCUUGCCAAAAGAUCUCCAGGAGUUUUUGGAUGGAGCCAAGGAUGGCGCUAUUUUCUUUUCAAUGGGCUCUAUUCUCAAAGCAAAAGACAUGCCUCCAGAAAUUGUCGAAGCAUUCACAUCUGCAUUUGCUGAGUUGCCGCAAAGGGUCAUCUGGAAAUGGGAGCCAGAGGUUUUGCCAGGAAAGCCGGACAAUGUGAAAACCGGGGCCUGGCUGCCGCAGCAGUCUAUUUUAGCUCACCCUAAUUUGAAGCUCUUCAUUACCCACGGUGGCUUGCUAAGCACGCAGGAGGCGUCGUACAAUGGAAUCCCACUCGUUGGAAUCCCCAUGAUGGGAGAUCAACUGCUCAAUGUACUCAGGUCUGAGAAUAUGGGAUACGCGCUGCAGCUUUCAUACACAAACAUUUCCAAAGAAUCGAUCCUCAGCACCGUUAAAAGGGUUUUGAAUGAGCCAAAGUUCCUGGCAAAAGCUAAGGAGUUGCAGACUCGAGUUCACGAUCAGCCGCAGACGCCGUUGGAAAGAGCUGUUUUCUGGACCGAAUACGUUCUGAGGCACAACGGUGCACCCCAUUUGAGAUCCGCAGCCGUCGAUCUCGAGUGGUACCAACUGCAUCUGCUAGAUGUGUAUGCGUUCCUCAUCGCGUUCGCGUCCAUUCCUCUGAUACUUACUUGCUGCAUCAUCAAGAAAUUGUGUUGUUCAAAGAAGGACAGAAACUCUAAUCCACAGAAUAAAACAGAAGUAUCCAAGAAGAAAAAGAAAAACUAAAUCAAGAUAUUUUGAAGUGAAUAAAAAAAUUUCAUUCUUAAUUGUUUUCAUUUUAUAGUUUUUAAUAAAAGAAUAAUCACACA